AUGCCUGCUCUCGUGAUGAGUCUCUCUCGCCCUGAUUAUGACCGUAUCAAGCUCGAUGAGAAAAGGAUGGCACACAAAUCCGGCACACUUUGCCAAAGAGCCUAUAUAGCAUUUGGUAGUAAUGUUGGGCAGAGCGUUUCUCACAUAGAAAUGGCCGCUAAAUUGAUGGAAGAGCGCGAAAUCCUGGUAUGGCGUACGAGUGCAAUGUACCAAACCAAACCUAUGUAUCUAGAGGACCAGCGGGACUUUCUGAAUGGUGUAUUCGAGAUUGAGACAGAUAUGACUCCCGCAAACUUGUUAAAAAAGCUGAAGAGCAUCGAGAAGGAACUUGGUAGAAUCAAAGGUAUUGAGAAUGGUCCACGUCCAAUUGAUCUGGAUAUUUUACUGUAUGGAAAGGAGACUGUCAAUACCUCUGAUCUGAUCAUUCCACACGCGAGAAUAAUGGAGAGAGAAUUUGUUCUGAAGCCUUUGUGCGAGUGA